CUUGAGUCAUUCUUUUCAUUUGUUUCUUCUGCAUAUCUUAUUUUGCCCCCUGAUUAUCCUGACCUGAGAUUGUCAUUUGAUAUGUGAACAGCUAUUUAUGAUAAAUUCUUGUUUUAUUUGUUUUCUGUUCAUGUAUUAAUAUGGCAGAUUGAUUGGGAAAUUAUGAUCUUUCAAGGAUAUUCUUGUGGCUACAGAUUCUCAAGACAGCAAAUAGCAUGCCAAUUUAUGAUAUAACUAGUUUUAAGUUUCAAAUUAACUGCAAACAGAUUAUAAUCCGACCAUCUCAUACGGAAUGAAAGGUUCUUGUAGGAGACAUGGGGACUGGAAAGACCAGCUUGGUCUUGAAAUUUGUCAAAGGCCAGUUUUUCGAUAACCUGGAACCAACAAUUGGAGCUGCUUUUUUCACUCAGGUACUGUCCUUAGCUGAAGCCACAGUGAAGUUUGAUAUAUGGGAUACAGCAGGACAAGAGCGAUAUCAUAGCUUGGCUCCUAUGUAUUAUCGUGGUGCUGCAGCAGCUGUAGUGGUGUAUGACAUAUCAAGCAUGGAUACAUUCACUCGAGCCAAAAAAUGGGUUCAAGAACUGCAAAGACAAGGAAGUCAGAAUUUGGUGAUGGCAUUGGUUGCAAACAAGUCUGAUUUGGAUGCAAAGAGAGAGGUUGCUAUUGAGGAAGGUGAGCAAUUUUCUCAAGAAAAUGGGAUGUUUUUCACUGAAACAUCUGCAAAAACUUCACAGAAUAUUAACGAACUCUUCUUUGAAAUAGCAAAAAGACUGGCAAGAGCAGCCCCCUCGAAGCGGAGUGGGAUGACUAUAAACAACGAAACACGAGAUAGAAGAAGAAAACUAUUUUGUUGUUCAGGUUGACAUUUUUCCCUACCAUUUCAAGAGUCCUUGGGAAAUCACUGACAACAUGGUCCUCUUGAUCUUUCAUUUGAAUAGCAAGUUCUUUUUUCAGAACUAAGCCAUUUAUUGAAAAUCUUAUACCAAAGAUGGCAUUUUGGUUGCCAUUAUAAUCUUUUACUGCGUACGGGGUUCUUCCAAUAUCUGUAAAUAAACUGCUCACGCAAAAUUGAAAUCAUUGUAAAUGAAAAAAAGUUCAAGGAUCAGUUGUCAUGCUUA